AUGAACGCGGCCACUGAACGUAUCGCGCGCAAAUUCAUUGGUGCGGUCGAGGACGAGUGGCAGCUCUACAGCGACACUUUCUCCGACUACACUGUCGGCGCACCCAUAGGCUUUGGCGCGUCUUCCACAGUCUACGCCGCGCAGUUCCAACCGCCAGGCGUGGCCCACCCGACCCCGUGCGCGCUCAAGGUCCUAGAUCUUGACCGCCUGCCACCCCGUGCCCUCUGUCUUUUACAGCGCGAAACGCAGCUCAUGUCACUGUCUAAGCACCCAAAUGUCCUCCGCGUACGUGGCACGUGGAUGGACGGUCACAAGCUUUAUAUCGCGAUGCGUCUGAUGAAUGCGGGCAGUGCCGCUGAUGUGAUGCACUAUGGAUGGCCCGGUGGUAUGGAGGAAGAGGUUGUGAGGUGUAUUCUCAAGCAAGCGCUUGAGGGAAUAAACUACUUGCAUGUCAAUGGUCUUAUCCACCGCGAUGUCAAGGCAGCGAACCUCCUCAUUGAUGAUGAUGGCACCGUGCUUUUAUGUGACCUCGGGGUUGCUACCUUUCUUUGGGACUCAGAAGAUAUCCCUCCAAUUAUUAACAAGCGUACAGUCGCCAGCUCCAGUUCAAGCUCAAGCUCAUCUGCUACUAUUCCCCGCCACUCACACACCCAUUCCCAUUCGCAAUUACACUCACAUUCUCACCAGAAUCCACAUUUACACUCGCCUUUGCAUGUAAAUCCACACCCACGCCCCAAGCUCCGUACAGUGGGCAAACGCAAAUCCUUCGUUGGAACGCCGUGUUGGAUGGCGCCGGAAGUAAUCAACGGGCGCACCUACGACGCUUCUGCAGACAUCUGGUCGUUCGGCAUCACCGCGCUCGAGCUCACGCAGGGUCGCGCCCCACGCUCGCUCCUCACGCCACAUAAAGCCCUCCUGCAGACUGUGCAGGACGCACCGCCCCAGCUCGACCGCGCUGGCGGUGCAUACACGUAUUCUCGCGCGUUUCAGGAGGUCGUUGCGGCCUGCCUCAACAAGGAUCCCACACGCCGACCAACCGCUGCUGAGCUCCUCGCGACCCCGUUCUUCCGCGGCGCGCGGAAGCAUACCUUCCUCGUCGGUGCCGUGCUGAAGGGUUUGCCACCGCUUGCUCAGCGGCAGGAACGCCGGCGUCAGCCGUCUGUCUUGACCCAUGGAACGAUGGAGAGCUGGGAUUUUUCCACGAGUAUUCCCACUUCGCCGGUGCAGUCCGUGUAUGGCUAUCACAAGCGCGCGACGAGUAGCGUCUUGCCAGAGGACGGAGUGUUUGAGAUCGAGCACGAGGAGGCCGAAGGAGAGGAGAAUGAGGUAGGAGAGGCGAGCAGUAGUACGCAGGCGAAUGGCGUACGAGCCGACGAUGGCUUCGACUCAGAGUCGCGGAACGUAUCAUGGACAGAGAAUCAUUCGGCGCCCAAUCUGUCCGAUUCAGGACCCGAUACGGAGCUUCCUAGUCAGCCAAUUCUGAUCAAGUCUAGUAAGGCAGACGAGAAGAACGGGAUACUCGCGGUGCCCACGGCGCCGUCGCUCUCGACCUCUCCUUCCAUGUCCACUUCCUCACACUCAUCCAACACCUCUAAGGCCUCCGCUUCCACCACCACCUCCGCAACCUCCGUCUCCCAAAUCUCCUCUCCUGUGCACGAGACGCCCACGUCUGUUCAUAUCCCGUUAAUGCCAUCAUCGCCGAGUAGAUUGUGGCGGCGGCUCAUCAAGCGGCGGAACGAGAAGGGGAAGGCUGCUGAUACGAAGGGUGACGGCAGGACGGUCAAGAAGACUCUCGAUGCUGUUCUCGGGAAGACGGCCAGCCGGACUGUGGGUGCCUAA